CCCUGCCUCGGCCUUCGCGUGUGGUGGCCGCACAUCCUUUUCCUUUCCCGCAGAGGCGCCUCUUCGGGCGGCCUCCCAAGGCCUGGGCGCUGCAGGCGUACCUGCACGUCUCCGGGGCCAGAGCCGGCCCGCCCGCGGCGCUGCUGGGCUCUGCCCGCGGGGGAGGGGGUCAGUGUGCUCUUCCUCUGUUAGGUCCCUGGACGGGAUAUACCGAUGACUCCCAUUACAGAUGUCAAACCCGCAAACUUACACGUAUAUCACAGAUUCAUGCAUAUGGUACACAGUUACUGAAGAAAACUAUAAACUCUUCACUUCCAGAACAACUAUAUAUUUAGAAUACGAAGGAACUUCGUUUACUGUGUGGGAAUUUCCUGAUGAAUGUACUGCUAAAAAUAAAAGUUCACCAAAAACAACACUGAAUUGUCCGAGUCCUGGGACUUACAGAAUUAAACCAAGAGUAAUGAUUGAGACAUUUGAGGAUAAAGAGCGGUAUUUGCCUGUUUCUGACCAUUAUGAUUGUUUCAUGUGGUAUGUGACAACAGCUUCACAACCAACCAGAACAGAUCCACUCUCAGUAAAUGAAAGCCAGGAGUUAAUUUUAUGGGUAUAUGAUCCUGAAACUGCAGAUGCUUCUGAACGGAACCACACUGCAAUUCGUCCUUCACAAAGUUCUCAGAAACUCAGCAAGCUGUUCUGGAGGUUUGGACAGGAUCCUGUUGUUCAUACCUAUUUGAAAAAAGACAAAUACUAUUCUCAGGCGCAUCCAGACUUAGGAUUAUGGACAGUCAAUGUACCUGCAGUAUCAGAAGACAUUAUAAUAAAUAUACGUGGAAAGGAGGUAGCAUUUCAAGAAUGCUUUGUUCUAGAUACUCCCUUUAUAAUUCCAAGGCCUAAACAAUCAUUUCCAAGCGAGGAAAAUGACACCUCACUCUGUUCCCCCAGUAACAGUGACAUGUCCAUUACAUGGUAUGCAUGUUUUCCAACAACAGCCAUUUUAUUAUCAGAUUUUGGAACUUUCUAUACAAAUGAUGGAUUCAAAACUUACGAAGAAAUCAAAGUUCCCUCAGGUGCUUUGACCCAAGACCUAAAUAACAAUGUAACUGAUGUAACUCUAACAGAUAAUGGAGUCUUAUUUUUAAUAGGUGGAACUAUUUAUAAAAGAGAAUAUAAUCAUUUUUUUAAACUUGGAGCAGAAAACAAGCUUCCUGAAACAGAAAUAACUGGAAUACAGUCAAGAUACUGGUGUUCAUCUAUCUAUCCAGUGCAGAAUGGAAAACUACUAAGUACUUUGGCAGCAUGGACAUCUAAUGAGCUGUAUCUUGCAUAUAAUGACAUAUUUAAUAAAAUAGCAGAUACAACAAACUUAGUGAAGUCCUUAAAUUUUCCAGACAAUGCUGCUUUAUCUAUAGAGACUGUUAGCUAUGACUCCAUCCCAUCUGAAAUUGCAUUGUUGCUGAUCUGCAGUGGCUGCAGCUCCUCUAGAUUGUUUUUUCUGGCAUUUUAUAGCGAAAGCAGACAACUUUGGGGCUUAAGAAAUUUUUAUUUACCUGUUCCUCACAGUUCUGUUAUGAGGAUGACAUAUUUAAGUUCAGCAUUAUCAUGUGGUCUGCUGUGGGACAGUGAGAGCGUUUACUACACCUUCAGAAACAACACAACUAAUGGAUUUUUUCAAGUAUCUGAAUCAAAUCUGUCUCUAUCAGAAAUGUCUAAUGGCAGCACUAUUCACCAGAUUAUUCUUGACUACCUUGGGAAUAUAUUGAUAAAAAUGAAAAACAACAUCUUCUUUUAUGCAAAAGCCGAUUUGAGAGAAUUAAUUCAGCUUCCUGCCUGGAUAAAUGGAAUGAAAAAGAUGGUCCUUUAUUUGAAUCCAUCUGCUAGUGUAUACGUAUUAUUAAUUGAUGGUUCUAACAUAUAUCGCCAGACCUAUCCUUUGGAAACGGAAAUAUUUAGUUCUACAUUUAGAUCUGAAAUUUCUUGUUCAAUUAUAGCUUUUCAACACAACAUGGAUUUCAAUGUCUACUAUCUGGACAUGGGAGAUGAACUGACCUUUUGGUCUCAGAUAGUUUUUGAGGAUAGUGUGGAUAUAAGUACAUAUCUGGAAGUCUACAGGCCAGACUUAUUACUACUAAAAGGAAGCAGCAAAUACGAAAUUGGUCGUGGAAUCUGUACUAAAAAUGAGACAUUUACAUUUUAUCAUGAAAUUGACUAUACUUUAGAAUCCAAUUACACAAAGGCAUUGGAAUUAACCAGCGGUGUUGUAUCAAUUGAACUGCAGCCUAGUGUCUUUGAAGCUACAUGUGAAUUACGCUCUCAGGUAUCUCACAUUUUUGUUGGCUGCCCUCCAGGAAGGCAUAUUAUUGUUGAGAGACCUUCAGAUGUAGUCUGUCAAAAACAUGAUUUUACUACUUACAGGAUACCCGGGAAAUUUCUGUGGCAUGCAACAGCUGAGGACAAGAUAGCCUAUUAUGACUGGGAUAACUAUGGUUGCCUAAUGGAACUUCAUUAUGAACGGUAUUUCCAACCUGUUAUUUCCAUGUAUGAUGGCAAUAAAUAUGUUAGAAGGGUUGAAACAAAUUUCGUAUUAUGGGAGAUGCAAGGCAGAAAUGACUAUGGGUACACUUCAUCCAUGAAAGAAGAAGGUUGCCUGUAUAAAGCACAGUCUUGGCCCAUGAUGCUUAAUGGAAGUAAAAACUCUACACUGGAUGAAAUAUGGGGACCACAGAAUUACAGGUCCUGUUUUGUGUUUCAUCAGAACAGUACAGAUGAAGGACUGUAUGAGCAGUAUCAGAUUUUAAACAGGACCUCUACAAACUCCAUUGUUUGGGCUACUAGUCAUAGUGGCAUUUAUGUGUUCAGAGUGAGGAUAUUAGACCCAAACUACAGUUUUUGUGAUUUAAAAACAUUCUUUGCGGUCCGUACAUAUGGUAUAAUUGAAAGGUCAGAUCUGUCUACAGUUAUGCUUUAUUCAUUCCUCAUACUCUGCGUUUUUGGGGCCUGCCUCAUCUUAAGCUACUUCAGGUAUACAAAAAUUUUUCGAGAGCUCAAUUAUACUGACUGGCAAACAUCACUUGGCCAGCAAGAGGACUAGUGCAAGUCUUGAAGACCAGAUUCUUACUGUUACAUUGAUGUCAUCCUAUAUAACACAUUGUCAGGAUAUGGUGGCAUUUUAGACAAUUGAAACAUUUUUUAUUAGGGUCUGUCUUCAUAAGUAGUUUUUAUAUCUCUGUAAUACUGUUUGAUGUAUUUAGUUUUGAAUAUAAAAGAUACACUAUUCAGUACAACUUUAAUUGAUUUCAUUUGUGUGUACAGGUCAGUGGUGGCUUACAGUUUUUAAUAGAUACCUUUCAAGCCAAACUAAGCUAAGCUAAAGCUGUGAGCCUCAUGCUUGCGUUAGCUUCACCUUUUAUGGCUUUCACUGACUCAUUCACCUAAGGUAUCAGAACAUUUUUUCCAUGUAAAAUCUGACAGAACACUGCAAAUUUCUACUCUAUCCAAGGGAUGCAGCCAGCAAAUUAAUUUCCCAUAAUGAGUAGCUCAGUCCACAGAAGGAAUAUUAGACAUUCUUGAAGACAUUUUUGAUAGUCCAUGUAUUAUUUCUGUUUAAUAAAUGUUAAUUCUAUAAAUGCUAUAUUAAAAAUAUGUAUUUGGGUCAUUAUACAUUCUCACAAGCUUAUUCUCUACUUUAAUAUAUAAAUAUAAGGGUUGCAGUGUUUGUUAUAAUAGUUCAAAAUUUUAUUUGAUUCUAUCUUCUGAUUCCAGCUGAAGACAGUUUUGCACUUGUAGCCAGAAUUUUCUUAUUGUCAAGAUAAGAUACCUUUUAAAAUUUGUUGUUAAUGGCAAUUGUUCUAUUUGUCCUAAAACUAGAAGUUUAAUUAAGCUCCAUAUUUAAAUAAAUGGUUGAACUUCUUAUAAUCAUUUUAUUUGACGUUCAUAGUUUAUGAAAAUUGUGAAGAUUAUAAAAGCUGUGGAAAUUUGGCAUGAAGAAUAUAUGAACAUUUUAAACAUUU